AUGACGGGCGACGAUAUUAAGAAGGAUGUUGGUGAAGAGCUUCGGUGUGACAUCCUGGACGGGUUUGAUGUUGACAUCCCAGACCGUGCCAGAAAAGAAAAGGCGCUUUUGAGGAGGGUUGAUAGUCGAAUGAUGCCGUUGAUGAUGAUCCUCUACGUUCUCAACUAUCUUGAUCGGAAUAACAUUGCCACGGCUCGCCUAGGGAACUUCGAAAAAGACAUUGGACUCGUCGGCCAACAGUAUAAUACCAUCAUUAGUAUCUUCUUCGUCGGAUACAUAUUAACGCAAGUGCCCACCAACAUGAUAUUGAACAAGAUGAGGCCCUCUAUCUUCCUCCCUUCCAUCAUGGUCGCUUGGGCAACCGUGAGCGCUUGCACCGGUGCAGUACAAACCUUUCGUGGCAUGGUAGCUCUGCGCUUUAUGCUUGGAUUCGUCGAGGCGCCAUUUUUCCCUGGCGCGUUGUUUUUGUUCAGCUCAUGGUACACCAAGAAAGAACUUGCAGUUCGAAUCUCCGUUCUAUACGCGGCUGGUCAGAUGGCGGGUGCAUUCGGUGGCCUCCUUGGUAGUGCCAUCAUGGCUGUCAUCAUCGAAGGCUGUGCCACAUACCCAGCUGCUGUUGUUACAUACUUUGUCGUUCCCGACUAUCCUAGUACGACCAAGUGGUUGAGCGACGAAGAGCGCAAAAUCGCUAUCCUACGCAUGGCUGAGGAUGCCAGCAAGGAAGACGACCGAGCAGACACAUCGGCAGCGGAGGGCGCCAAGAUGGCCUUUACUGACCCUGCCCUGUACAUGAUUUGGAUCAUGCAGCUCGGGCUGAACACGGCUGCUUCGUUCACCAACUUCUUCCCAACCAUCGUCAAGACUCUUGGCUAUAGCUCGACUAUCACUCUACUGCUCUCAGCGCCACCCUAUGUUUUUGCCGCCGCCCUGGGAAUCACCAAUUCGUGGCACAGUGAUCGAGUCAAUGAGCGCUGGCUACACGUCGUCUGGCCACAGGUAUUUGCCAGCGUAGGGUUCAUCAUCUCCGCCGUGACUCUCAACACUGCAGCUCGAUACAUUUCCACCUUCAUGAUGAUGUCAGUCUAUGGAUCCUUUGGUUGCAUCUUGUCAUGGGUAUCGAGCUCUUUACCGCGACCGUCGACAAAGCGCGCAAUUUCGUAUGCUGCGGUGAACGCCGGGUCCAACCUCGCCGCCAUCUAUGCCUCCUACUUUUACCCCUCCUCUCAUGGCCCGCGAUACUGGCAGGCAAAUGUCGCAAAUGUCGCUUUUGCUGGCCUCUGUAUCAUCAUGGCGACUGUGUUGCGAUUCUUCCUUGCGCUAAGAAAUAAGAAGCUAGCUCAGGCCCGAGAUGGGGAUAUUCGCGAGGAGGGUACGAUGAAUGGAAGUCGAGUGAAGGCGCUUACUGAGCGUUGGCAAUGCGGAUCUGAAUAUACCUAUACUCUAUAA